AUGUCUUCAAAGAGAAAGGCAUCUGCUCGAAGCAUGCCGGCUCAGAGCGCAGCCAAGAAGCCGAGGCCAGAAGAGCAAUCUGACUCGGAAACUUCUUCGCAAGAGGAGGAGAUCGAUUAUGAUGAUCCAGACCUCAAUGUAUCCUACGUGGGUAAAAUCAAGCUACAAAAGCCACCUGCACGGCCUAAGAGGCAGAGAUGGACUCAUGAUGGUGAUGAACCUAUCAUCUCGGCGCUGGAUGUACCCAAAGGGUGGCAUGGCCGAGAGCCAGAACUGGAUCCCGAAAAGCUUAAGAUGUUUGAGAGACAGAAGGCCGAGAAGGAGUACGUUCUCGUUCUAUCAGAAAGACUGGAGAGCAUUGCAAAAUGGCCUGAAGAGCGGGACGAUGAGGAGCGACGAGAUGCCGAGCUGAUUCCAACCGUCCAGGCCAUUAUAAAGGAAUAUCGCAACGACGAACUAGAUAUGCACGAAGGCCUUGUGACAUACUGGUCUGGGGGAUGA